CGAGAGUUCGAGUUUGGCCAGCAGUCCAGCAGAUCUAAGGUAUUUAUCUGUGCGUGCUGGUAGCAGUAGAAGCUAUUGAUGGUCUGACAGAGGUAGAGUUGCCACAUCACAGUUUUCAUUUUGGUACCUGAAAAGAAAGCUUGCCAAAGACAUCAUGUCCUCCAAUGGAAACGGAAGAAUCAGCCAGCUUCGGCUUAAAGGACCAAUAGCAGCUCCCUUCACUCCAUUCAAGCAGGAUGGGGAGAUUAACUUUGAUGUCAUGGAAGAAUAUGCAGAUAAGAUAGCUGCUGGUGGUGUAAAUAAUGUGUUUGUUAAUGGGACUACGGGUGAAGGCAUAUCCAUGACAGUACAGGAGAGAAAGGCAGCAGCUGAAAAAUGGAUAGCUCUAGGAAAGACAAGAUUUCAGGCAGUUAUUGUCCAUGUUGGAGCUGCAAAUUUGAAGGACACUCAGGAAUUAGGAAGGCACGCAGAAGAGCAUGGUGCCAGUGCUAUAUCAACCUUACCUCCUCUUUUCUUCAAACCCUCUAGUAUAGAGGGUAUGGUGAAUUUCUUGGAGGAAGUAGCUGCUUCUGCUCCUAAAACUCCUUUCUUCUAUUACCACAAUCCAACCAUGGUUGGCAGUGAUGCAUUUACCAUGGAGAGUCUUGUGAAAGAAAUCUUCUCAUCCAACCGGAUACCAACCCUAUGCGGUAUGAAGUAUUCAUCCCCGGACCUUUUCCAGUAUGGACGAUGUUACGCUCUCCAUGCCGACUCUUGUCAAUUCAUGUACGGGUGUGAUGAGCAACUCUUGCCAGGAAUAUCAGUUGGUGUUGAGGCAUUCAUUGGAAGUACUUACAACUAUCUAGGCAGAGUUGCCAAUAGAUUAUAUACUGCCUUUAAUGAUGGUGAUAUAACUGUUGCAAGGAAAGAACAAUUCCGAAUUCAAGCACUUGUGGCUGUACUUAAGAAAUACGGUGGUCACACCGGUGUGAACAAGGCCAUCAUGUCACUGGUAGGACCAGAGAUGGGCCCCGCCCGUUCCCCUCUCCAUAACCCCUCACCAGAGGAACGCGAGCUUAUACGCAAAGAUCUUGAAGCAGAAGGUUUCUUUGACUGGAUCCAGUAAGACCGGUUUCCUAAAAUAUUCAAAAGAGCAACUCAAUCUGUUUGGACCAGAGAUGGGCCCCGCCCAUUCCCUUGUCACGGCCCCUCCCAGUGGGAUCAUGAACCCAUACGACAGAAUCUUGAUGCCGAGGGUUUCUUUGAUGGGAUCCUGUAAGACCAGCUUCUAACCAUUCCAAUGACAACUCAGUUUUUAAGGACCAUAGAUGGGCUCCGCCCUUUCCCCCUGUCACAACCCCUCCCAGUACAUGUAGGAUCAUGAACCGCUACAACAGAAUCGUGAGGGCGAGGGUUUCUUUGAUGGGAUCCAGUUUGACAAGCUUCCUAACACAUUCCGUGAACAACACAAUCUUAUGGGACCAGUGAUGGGCCCACACCUGUUUCCUGUCGCAACCCCUCUCACAAGGAACGUGAACUCUUAUGAAAUGAAUAUUGGAUUCUGUAUGGACCAAGGGUCAUUUCAUAAAACUGUAAGUUAUGCAAGCUUUACAUGCACAUAGUGGCCUGUUCUUGGGCUAAAAAUACCUCAUAU